ACCGUUGUUCCGAUGCCAUGUCUCCGCGUUCGGCUGCGACAGUUGAUCCAGUACAUAGGGAGGUCUACAUAGUUCCAGUAGCACAGUACAUAGCAUAGUGGCUCUGGCGGUGGUAGUAGCAAUCAGCCGAGUGACCGCGACGGCAAGGAGUAGAAACCGUGUUCUAAAUGUGUGUUACAGACUAGGCUAAUACGGUUCUGCUACAAGGUGCAUUACGGAAGAAUGUGUCGCGCGGAUACCUGCCUGCUAAUUCACGGUUGAGCAUGGCGAGGUGACUUUCAACGUAUCAAUGUGCAUUGUAAUUUAGUAGUUUUGUCGUCGUUCAUAAGUCAUUAACAGAUUUUCAUUGCCAUACCGGAGUAGUGUCUGAAGAGCUGGGAAAGAAAAUGCGAAUGCAAAGAAUGUGAAAAGUGUUCCUUCGGUCAGAUUUGAGGUGGAAAUGUUUGCUAGACGGUGUGUCUCUCCUGUUGAUAGUGCGAAGGAUGGAACGUUUACAUAACAGUGGCAACGGAGAAAAAACGUGGGAAACAAAGGGAAUGAAAUUAUAACCUUUUCCCGCUUAAUGAUGGCUACGGUGAUGACGAUGAUCAUGAUGAUGAUGAUGAUGAUGAUGAUUGGAAGCUCUUUAGCGAAGGAGCAUGGUGAAAAUAAUGAGUGGUAAAUACGAUAAUAACGUGCACGUUCUGUGGAAAUCGAUUGGACGGUAAAAUUGGAGCACUUUUUUUUGUUUCCAGCGUAGAACGAUGCUGUUCAGGUGGUAGUAGCUGUACAUUAGCUUUUACAUUCAAUAGUAGUUGAGUGUUUCGUCGUCAUUGUGCGUGUCUGUGACUACAUUUCGUUUCAAAGGUUUGAAAAUAUCGCUUAGUAGUGUAUUGUAGUGCUUGAUCUUAUUGAUUUUCAAAGAUAUAAUUCCGUGUGUGAAAUCUGCUUACCAGUGUCACUUGGCCAAUUCAAUCAAUAGUAGUAGUUAUAGAAGUAACGUACAUAUAAGAAAAUUGAAACAUUGCUGAUCCUUGUUCAAUGUAAAUGAUUCAAAUGUAGUGAAGUUACAGUUGUGCAGAUAUAAAGUGUUUUAGCGAAACUGUUGAUUUCAAAAUCACAACACAAAAAUCAACUAGUGAUGAUACGUGGGAAACACUACUUUAGCUGGUUCGUCAGAUAUCGAUUUUCUCGUUGUUUCAGUUGGGAUCUACAAACAGAGGGAUUUGAGUGUUCCGGUGGAGAAGAGCUAAAUAAAACCGUACUACAAGUGGUAACGGCGGUGAUGUGAGGAGUGCAAUCAUCAAUAAUCCAAUUUGAAUGCAACGACGGGGUGAAAUGCAAAGCUCUAACUAGGGCCAACCGAGUGCCAAGAGUGGAUGCCGAAAAUAUAAUCCUAUUUACGCUUCUAGAGCGCAAAUAUGAAGCAAACAGUGGUUCUUUUCAUAAUUGGUUGCACCGUUUUGGGAACGGCUUUCACGGGCGCUCAGAACUCUGCCAGCGGCGAUCCUGCGCCUGGUCGGUCACCUGGUCCACCCGGAGUGCAACAAGUGACAGACAGCGAGCAUGGUGAGCCAGUGGAAGAUGCGCCACCUACUUUCAUCCUAACCAGGGAUAUUGCCGAUAAUUGGCCACCGUUGACGUCGAAUGACGUUCUGGAUGCGUCGGAUUUCGAAGACAAGGAAGUAGACGGUCCAGAACAGUUCACAGGUGACGUCAGCAGUGAAUCGUCCAGUGUGCUUACUGCUUCUACCAAAAGUUCUAUUCAUGCUGUUGGUGAAUUAGACAGUGAGGACCUGCUCCAAAGGCCCGACGAUAUUGCCGCGAACAACCCGUGUUCCGACAGUGUAGACGAUUACCUGAAAGUAGAAGACGAAAUAGUACCUGUAGAAGCCGAAGGCUCAGGUGGUAGCCAAAGCCUACAGAUUGACGUCACUCAUGACGUGUUCGAUACUGCUAAUGGAAUUGUUCCGGGCGUCAUCUAUCAAGUGGAGGUCCGGCGUCCGGAACAAUCUGAAAUUCGCGAUUUCUACAUCGAAUCACUGGAGGGAGUUCCGCCGCUAGUAGAACAUGGGUUUCGUCGCAGCCGCAGCAAAGCAGUGGGUCAUUUUUUAGAUAGCAAUCAACAAUCCAACUCGAUAAAUCAUCCCGAAGGGCUGCGUGUCAACAUGCAGGAAAAUACGUGGAUCGAUGAUUUGGAAGCCGACUGGGUCAGUGGUCAUCGGCAAGCAUCCCACGCGAAUUCGGGUGCUCGAAAAUUGAUUGCCGACCAACACACACGGCACCAGGAUGCAGUUCGGUGGAACGGAAUUCAGCCGAAUGUGGAAGCAUACUUUGAGGAUGGGGAUGGGGAUGAUUCGGAAGAACUCGACAGUGCCAUUCUGCGGAACGAUUGCCCCAGGAAUGCUUGGAAACAGGAUUUCAUGUUCAGUAACCGCAUGGCAAUGAACUGGAGUGUUAUCCGGGAGAGACCCAAGGUUAACAAGUACGGCGGUAGUAGCAGCAGCUUAGGUGACAGCGACCUGCGCAAUAGAACUGUAUAUUUUAGGAUAUUGUAUCGUACAAUGACCAGCCAUAUUGUUUACGAACUGAAUUACCCAAUGGUGCUUUUGAAAGAAUGCUAUUUACUACUUAAGGAAACUUCAGGAUUUCUAGACUCUAGCAAACUGCCGGCGGAGCACGACAAUUGUAGAAUAGGUUUUCCAAUGCGUUUAAAAGACAGUGAACUUGCAAUCGAUGGCGUCCGGCACUCACCGCCGGGUCUGGUGAUACAGCUCACAAGGCUCAAUAUUCCCUGCCGUACGGACGGCGGGUACUUGAAGUUUACCGAGUCCGUCUCUAGCGACGGCGUAGAUGGGCACACUAGUGGUGUAGUGAACGGUGCUAACACGCAAGGGCACUUUCUGUGCGGUAAACUCGAAGAAUUGCCCAGAAGUGAUCGGACGUUUCACUUUCAGAAGCAUCGCAGCACCAGUCUUUCAGUACAUAAUCGACCGGUGUUUAGUUUCAACUAUAGAUUAGUGGACUACUGUUACAAUGUUACGAUUAGUGAUAGAAAUAGUUCUGUACUGCUGAGGCCACUGCGGAGCCUCGACUGUCGUUUUAGGAUUCAUCUACCCUUCGGAUACCGGGUGUCACUACGACUAACUUCAAAUGGAGUGAAUUGGGUGACAAAUUCGUCCACGAUCAAACACGAACAAAUAGAUUUAGGUGUAGUACAAGAUAAUAGCUAUGACACACAGUGCUACAAUGGCAUUCGUGUGGAAGUUUACGAGCAGAUGCAAAACCGUUGGGUUCGCUGUAUCGACGGUUACAGUGAUGCGACAGUUUAUACACUGCUAACAAGUGAUAAUAGUGUAGUAAUUCAUGUUAGCAAGUACUCGUUGCUUGCAGCACUGGAAGCAGCAGCCGACAAUGGCAGUAGCAGUAGAACUGUUCCAUCGUUGCUUAUCGAACACGAUGCGCAACCCAUCGAAAGUGUUAUCUCACAAUGUGCCUUCGGAUGGAUCGCAAGCAGUCAGUUCUGCAUAGCGGCGUUCGAAAGUGAAAGUCUUAGUUGGCACGAAGCAGAACAGGAAUGCAAUCGAUUGGGUGGCCAUUUGGCUUCAAUCCGGUCAGUUGCGGAACAGAAACUGAUCGAUCAAUUACUGCUCAAAAGUCCCAACUACGAGGAUCGCAAUGCCUACUGGAUUGGGGCAAGUGACCGAACGCUUGAAGGAGACUUUCGUUGGAGUGACAAUCUACCUUUUACAUAUUCUAAUUGGUUUCCUGGUUGGGUUCAGCAGGGUAAUUAUAAUCGACAGCCAAACGAUGAUGGCUUCAGUGAACAGGACUGUGUAGAGAUUCGACGACAAUUUCAGACACCUCCUAGUACUCCUGCAUCUGGCAGCUCCCUAGCAGUUUCCUAUAUGUGGAACGACCGUGACUGUGAAACGCAGAACCUUUUUUUAUGUGAACGGGUUGUGGUAGAAGAAGCUCUCGAGAAAACCUGGCAUGAAGAUUGCAACAAAACGAUACUUUUGUCGUUAGAUCAACCGAAAGCCACCAUCUGGAGUCCUAGGUUUCCAAGGACAUACCCGGACAACGUUAACUGUCUGACCAUUAUCACUGCCCCUCCCGGUUAUCGGAUAGUGUUAGACUUCGAAGAACUAGUUCUCGAGAGCGAACCAUUAUGCGCUUAUGACUAUCUCCAAAUUCUGGAACCAUCAACAAACUACUCAGCAGCGUACACGAAACCAUCGCGAUCGUUUGGGUCAGUGCCUCUGUUCCAGACUCGAAAUCCGCGGCACAGCACCAGUCGUUUCUACGUCCGUCGGAGAAAAUCUAGUCCGAUUGCACCGAAAAACGAACUCGGCGAUCGGUUGAUGGCAACCUUUGCCAGCAAAGCUCCGAAUUUGGUUCUUCAGCCAGAAGAUACCAGCUACAACUUGCGGAUUCCCCCGCCGGAUUUAAAGGCCGGUCGUGUUCCGCGCAAAGUGUGCGGUGACUGGAGUUCGAAGAUGAAACUGCUACGGCACGUGUCGAAAGGGCCACACCUGGGGUUACGAUUCGUUUCGGACUACUCCAACCACUUUGGAGGAUACAAAGCUAAGGUUGCGAUGGAAAAUGGAAGACAAUGGCCACGUGUGAUAUCGGAAUGUUACGAUGAACGGUUCAAGGCGUACAACGCAUCCUGUUAUUUAUUCAUCUCGUACCCGGAAGUGGACUGGAUGACUGCACAGCAGGUCUGCCGUGGGAUCGGAGCACAGCUGGCAUCGAUUUCGACUACCGAUGAGCAGAGGUUCAUAACGGCUAGCAUCAGGAAUAGCUUGGAUUACACGCCUCGAGCUAUGUACUGGGUAGGUGGAGAACUGGCAGAUACCGGCCUUCUGGAAUGGGCAGACGGUGCGAAAUUGCAGUUCGAGGGUUGGCUACCAGGCCAGCGUCCAGAUCCGAAACAGCUGCCAAAAGCCUCUUCGAUCUGUUUAGGGUUGCAGUGGAAAAUAUCUCCCACACCGAUGAUAUCGUCAGGACUACACUGGAGUGCUCAAAAGUGCACAACGGUUGGUGGUUAUGUUUGUAAAAAACCGCGACCAACGGCAGAGAUAAACAUCGCGAAAAAUCAAACGCUCACCGGCACGGAAGGCCGAUUGCUUUCACCCAAUUACCCGAAUCCGUACCCAUCUCGUACUGAUUACUGGGUACGAUUGGUGGCCCCAGAAAAUAGUCGAAUCAUAAUUCAGUUUCAAAAACUGGACAUUGAACAACAGGAGGAAUGUUUGUACGACUAUAUCAGCAUACAGAAUUUCGAGGUUCUUCCCAGUCCCGAGCUGAACCCCGGAACUAAUCCUUUUCCGAUGGCGAUGUUCUACGAACGCACAGAAGAUCUCCCGUCAGUGGAUUAUACGAAUGAUCAACCAUUUCAAAACUUGCUCAAAGGAGAAUAUUACCAGGAACAAAAUAGCUCACCGAGAAGAGAGCAAAGAUUUCACAAAAAACGCUCGCUGCCUUCGAACGAUGACAUCCAACAAAAGUUGCAGGAUAACAUCAAACUGCUGGAGAAAGUCAACUCCAAGCUGAAAGACCGUAAAAAGAGAUUUCUGAGUUCGGAUAAUUACAAGACCGUAAAAAACAGUAAUCAGAGUAUUGCUUUAGAAACGAAUGGUAUGGAACUGCCGGACAGCAACACAUGGCCUUCAUUCCUGCCCUAUGUCCGGUGGUGCGGGACACACGACUCCAACAUGACCCGCUUCAAUUUCAUCUCCGAUGGAAACGAAGCUUUCCUUCGGUUUCAUUCGGAUUAUUCCGUCUCCGCCAGUGGCUAUUCGGCCACGUGGAGUUCGGUUGACAUCUCAGGAUGUCCUAUUCAGACUAUCACUUCCCGCGAGGGGAGCAUCCAUAGUCCGAACUAUCCACACUUUCUGCUCAAUAAACUAGACUGUACCUAUAUCAUACAAGCUCCAUUCGGGAAGAAAGUUUGGCUGGAGUUCGUUUUUUUCGACAUUCUUCAAGAUGCUUUCGUCCAUGUCGAUAUAUCGGAUGGUCCUUUUGAACCGUUCCGUGAUGAGAGUCAUCUGAACGAUGGCGUCUUUCUCAGCAAAGGAGAACGAAUGGUUGUGCGCCUGAAAAGUGGUUCUCUACCCCGGGGAAAAGGAUUCCACGCCACCUUUAAAACGUUAAGUACGACUGUGGAGCAGAGAACCAUAAAUCUUGAGAACAAAACGGCCGGUAAUUUAUUCCACCUCAACUAUCCCCAAACGGCACCAUUUGAAGUGGAUUUCACGCAACAUCUGAUAGCACCCCUUGGAACGGUCAUACUGCUCGAGCUUCAUGGAGUGGGGUUUAGCGAGCACGGUUGCUACAAAACGGGCUUUAUUGAGGUCUACGACAACUACGCCGACAAGAAUGGAACGCUUUGGCAUCUAUGCGAAAUCAUUCAUUCAAAUGCAUCGGGAAGCAACUCUUACUCGGCUGAGUACAGGGCGAUAGAAAGCAGCGUUGCCAAACCGGCUCCGAUCUACAUUACAUCAUACCUGAACACACUUCAUGUACGACAGCGCAACGUUCAAGGUUUGGGAGUCCGUUUGAAUGCCACCGUCAGACUCCAGUCAGAUAUAGGUUACAAGAUGAAACUGAUAACCAACGAUGAGGAAUGGGUGGAAAGCUGUAAGCCGAACCCAUGCCAAUCAGGUGGUAAAUGUGUCUUGCAGAAAGAUCGCGGAAUUUGUCACUGUCGCGGUUACUUCACCGGUCGUUUCUGUGCUCUCAACAUGUGUGAACUGGAGCCAUGCUAUUUCGGAAAGUGUGAGCUAACACAAUCCAGCUUCAAGUGUCUCUGUCAACCGGGUUAUAUGGGGCAACGAUGUGAUGAAAAGCCGAAACCAUGUGAGGACAAUCCAUGCGAAGGACGUGGAGAAUGCCACCCGAAGAAUGGUGGGUUCUUUUGCCGGUGUCAUGCCUGGUGGGAGGGUCCACGCUGUGAGAAACGAAUGAUGCGUAUUCCGUACAAACCGCUUUCGGAACGAAUGCUGCAGGAGCCUUUCUGGCUUGGUCUGAUAACUGUAUUCGUAGUUUUGGCUGUUAUAGGACUGGUUUGGUGUGCGAAGCGACACUUCCCAGAAAAGAUAGAGAAAUUGUUGGCCGAUGAAGCUCACAGAAAUCGAACUAACUUUCCACCGCAUCACCUCAACACUGCUCUUCGUGAACAGCUGCAGGCAACCGCCGGUACCGUGCCGUCGUCAACAGCAACGACUCCUGCGACGCAUCGAACCAUUUUCGGACGUUUGGGUAUUAGAAAACCAUCCUUAUUGAGCCUCAGCAGCCCUCAGCAAGUGGGAGGGGCCACCGCUAGAACAUUUUCAUUAGAUGAUCUAUUACGGCCCCCUCCUCGACGCACUCCGUCACCCCGAAAAAAACGAAACAAUUCCACUCCGACGAAGAAAAAUGUGAACGAAAAGAAACAGAUAUUGCAGCAGUUGGUAUCGCCGGCGCCAAAUUCUGCCACCAAGCAGGUAAGCCUGGGCGAACUAAUUCAGUUAUCCGAGAACCGACUCAAGGUGAAUCAUACCGAGUCGGAGUCGGAUAUAAAGGAAACGACAUUUUCCGAACAUUCGCUGUCCGUUUCGUCGAUAGUGCGCCAGAUAUCCGAUCCAAAGCUGGAGAAAAAGGUCACCUUCGCUCGUCUGCUCAGUAAGGUCUCGGCCGAAAUAAGCAGCGGGUCCGAUGAUCUCGCCAAUGGAACGAAACAUUGUAGCGCUUUGAGUCUUCCUACUGAAGUUACGCAUCGUGCGAACUCGGUUCCACAGUCGCCAUGCACAAAUGAAAUUCGUUCGCCACACAGCACUUCCUCAAAUCAAGGAAGUGACUCGCUGUCCAGCUCCGAGCUUGCUUUGCAUGAUUUUGGUUUGCGGGGCCAUCGACGGGCACGGGCCAAAGUGUCUAGUGCCGAUUCGAUUCUGGCUAUGUUUAAAAACUUUGCCACAUCGAGUGCCGGUAUAAAUCUGCCCUCGUCUAUCGUAAUCUCGCCAUCAUCAACUCCAACGGCAUCCAGUCCACAAGAUGAUGUGGCCGGCGACGACGAUUCAUCAACGUCGUCCGUGCACACUCCGGUCAGCUUUUCUAGCGGUGCACCGGACUCACCCAUAUUUUACCGUCAGAGUACAAUCGAAGUACCUGUACUCGAUGCACUUAGCGCUCACAAAACGUCGACACCGUCGACUGCCGCCACGCAGCUGCAUCCACCUACCAUACUGUUGGAGAUACCAUCCAAUGGAAUCAAUAACAAGUGCCUGUCUCCAAUUAGAGAAAUGCCAACACCGAUUCCGUCACCAGCAUUAACACCGAUCAUGCCGCGACCUCACCGUAUUCGAUCUCCUCAGAACAUGUAUGAUGAGUCGAUGUCCGUGACGUUUAGUGGUAACUAUUCCGGAUACAAUAACUCCAAACCUGACCAAGUCACGAUCGAAAUCAACCACCCCGAUUCCGAUACCGACUCCCCUACCCCGAUGAAUAUGUCCUCCCAAAGUGAUUCCGCGAGUUCGAACAGUUCCAGUAAAAGUCGCAAGAAUUCGCCUAACAUUUCCAUUUCGAUCGAUGUUCAACCCCCAACUCCGAAACGGGAGAAACCAGAACGCCCGCGAGAUUUAGUGAUUCCAGAACUGAUCAUUCAGCAGCCAAGCCCAACGAAAGAACGCUCGUCAGUGGUCAUUUUCCCUGGUUCACCUCCUCCUCAACGUGCCAGCAUUGGGGAAACCAGCUUUUAUUUUCCGAACAAACAACAACAAAAAAGAUUACUCAAGCAGUGGGAAAAACCCGGGUCCCUCGAUCUCCCAUUUGAGCCGCCGAUGAUAACGGUUACCUCGAAUAUGAAUGAGGUCGAGUCAGAUGCUGACUGUAUGUCACCGGCUGCCACAGGUAAACCGCACCUUGCCAACAGAUUAGGAGUGACCGGUAGUUCCGUAGGAAUGUGCUAUCUUAGUCCGUUUUCGAUGUGUACUCGUGGUGAACGUGCACCGUCCGAAAGUAAUCUAAGCUCGUCCGGCUAUUCUAGUAUGGCUAGUCCUGGUCCCAGUAGAUGCGGAUCUAGUAAUCCACUUUGUCCCAGUGAGAUGGAGGAUCCCGGUGCAGGUCCUGCAGGAACGAGCUAUCAUGGGUUGAACUCUAUGCUAGGCUCAAAUCGAGGUCGGCAGACGUCGAUUCUCAAGAAGCACAACGAAUCGGGUGGUAGUGGGACUGCUACUGGUGGCACAACUGACCGGCACGAAUCAUUCCGCCAAAGAUCCGACUCAGAGACACUUUCCGAUGAUCCCUUACUGGAAUCGAAUGAUGAGGGUAUUGGAACAGAUCAUCUAGAUGAGAAAAUAGAAGAUGGAGAAAUCAGAAGUGCCAAAGAGCUCGAAAACUACAUAGGCAAGGAGUUGAUCGAGAAUGGCCGUAGCAUACUGAAUCAGGAGGUUGUGUCUAUGUCUCAGCUGCAGCUACCGUCGAUUGUGAUACAAUCCGAGAGUGGGUUUGACAAGCUCUCACCGGUCUCCUCAAGAUCCGAGAGUCCUCUGAGCGAUCGAACCGCAAGCAUGGAACGGUUCUCUCCUCUUUUCUACGGCAAAAAAGAUCAGCAACUACCGUUUACCGACUCAGAUGGACUUUAUGACUUUCCCUCGUCUGACGGUAAAGGUAGUUCUACAACUAAUCACCGCAAGAGUACCGGCCGGAGAAGAGAACGCCGUAGCUCGCGAUCUGGAAAUUCUCUUUCCCCCUCUAAAUCAACAUCAGUGUUGCUGGAAAUACCAGGCAAGGAAAGGGUUCUCAAUCAAGUAAACAGUCCUAACUCUCACACUGGACCGAAACAGUCGAGUGCCACACCGACUCGGAAGAGUCCUAAAAGACGCCCACUUUACCGACAUCCAGUUGCGAGUAGCUCAUCAUCAACGGAAUCUUUAACAUCGACUCGCGAAUACGCACAGCGAUCUAGCAAAGCUGUGGCCACGUACACCAAAGAAACCACUCUGUUCGAUUCUGGCGAUGACACCGGCGAGUCCCAAGACAAAUCCCUUCCAUCUACAUCGCCAUCAUUAUCAACAACCACGACAACAUCAGCAACUAAGAAUUCCAAGCAGCCGGAGGAACCGCCAAGGUUUGCAUGUGCAGACUCUGACAUCUUCCAACGUCUACUAAGUUACAAAUUGAAUCGACUGACAUCGUUGAACAAUUCUUCGGCAGUCGCGACGAAACGUUCAGCUAGCAAACAAUCGUCGUCCUUCGGUAGCUAUUCAUAUACUCGAAUCGCUCAAUUUGACAACGACAUCGACCGCGAGGAUGACGUCGACGACGAAGCUGAUCAAAUCUUCUUCCGAAAGGAUGUGUCCAGUCAAAUUCUGCCCACUGUACCAGUUGAAGAAAUGAACAGACCAAAGAGCAAAAUUGGUCGUCUGAAGGCUAUCGGAAACCAGAUACGGUUCCUUCGAAGACUGGAACGCUCAAUCCAACGAAAGGACCGCCCGAUGGGGAUCUCAGACGAAGAUGGUUCGUCCUCCCGAGACUCCCCACGCGUUACGUCACCGCUGUUGAGAAAUCAGGACAGCUCUCCGGUGGCUAGCGGAAGUCGACUCAAGCCGGAUCAGAUCGUGGUUGUGGAAGCACCCAAUGAGCGAACGCCCCUACAACAGCUGUUGAUACCGUCAAGCGCUGUCGGUGCCAAGUCACGGCAAAACUUCAAAAUGUCCCGCCAGAAACGUGUUGCCAAUAGUCGCGGCGGAGGCUUCAGUGAACAGCCUUGGCUGGAACGAGAACGCCGACUGCUUGGCAGCGGUGAUGUAAAUAGUGAAUGAAAUGUAAAUAAAUCUACCUGAACUUGCAAUCAGAAUAGAACUAGUUACGUUCGACGCGUUAAUCAUCUUCCAACAAGAACAGUUUGCAAUAGCAAAAUCGAAAAUAAAUCAGGAUGUGUUGUGCAUGUUUUCAGUUCUUGACAUUUAAAGCACAAAUGUAGAAGUAGAAAAAAACGUACAGUUUAGUUAUGAUACUGUAAAAAGUUACUCACUAAAUACCUUGAAAAGCUGACCGUUCUAGCCUUUUUCAGCUUGAAUGCGGAAAACAUCCGAAUAAACGAGUAGUCAUCACUAAUCAAAAUCUAAAAAACAAGCCAACAAGCAAAUUUUACAGCAAUAUUUAGGAAACUUUUUCGAGCCACAAGGAACUUCAAGGCAAACAAAAACUGUUAAGAUGUUACAUUUCCCGUGAAGCUAAAUGUUUUUGUAAUUCUUUUUACACUGGAAACCAAACUCACGGUUUAAUCUUAGAAACUCGACACUUCUGCGCCACACUUGGGUACUGAAAUCCGAGGUCGAUGUGCAGUGUUUAAAUGUGUUCAGUUAAGUUCAGAGUCGAUAAUUUUCGUGAAGCACCUUAAGGAUAAGCCAUUUGAGCUACGCUUUGGCUGUAGGAAUGUUUUUCCUGUUAAUUCGAGUUUUUAACUUGGAGAAUAGCUAUAUAUAGAAGCAAAACGCAAAUACCAGAAACUAACAAUCUGAUCCGAGUGGAACAAUGAUCGAAAAUAUUGUAAUUACGGGAUAUCAUAAGCAAUUUAUUAGCUUUAACUCCAUUCGUGGACCAGCACUGGGAAGGAAAUGGAGAAGUACGUGUUGUAAAGGGAGAAAAUUGUUGACCUACAGGAACAGAGAAUAGACAUUUAGUUCAAAUUUUGCAUGUAAAAUAUACAACCAAUCUCUCGUCAAAGCGUUGACUCAAAUGCUAAGACGCACAGAAUAGCGUUUGUGUCAAGACUUUGCUUGAUCAAGCAAAAGCAUUUUGCAUUUUUCAUUGGCUUGCUACUAGAAUGCAGAACAAAAUUGAACCAUCGCCAUAAGUCCAGAAAUUACACGAAAAAGUCAGCGAGAGAAAAAUCAAUUAAAAUAUUAGCUGUUUUUCUGAUUUUGAUUCGUUUGAAUUUUUAAAACUAAUGGAUUGUUGUUUUAACUAAACUAUCUUUUUUUAUUUAUCGUGCUGGCAUUUUAGCAACGACACAAAGCAAAUACACGCACCUCAAACGAGUAAUGAAACGUUACAGUUAAGCAAUGACAUACACUCUAAGCGGAAAAUGAAACGUUUCAAUCAGGUGUCACUCGUGCAACUAAGUAAUGACAAAAAUAAACUCAAGAUGAAACAGUCAAUGAUUUUUCAUGUACCAUUCAUAUACAGGGUGAUUUUUUAAGAGCUUGAGAACUUUUUUAAACAAUAAAACGCAUAAAAUUUGCAAAAUCUCAUCGGUUCUUUAUUUUAAACGUUAGAUUGGUACAUGACAUUUACUUUUUGAAGAUAAUUUCAUUUAAAUGUUGACCGCGGCUGCGUCUUAGGUGGUCCAUUCGGAAAGUCCAAUUUUGGGCAACUUUUUCGAGCAUUUCGGCCGGAAUAGCCCGAAUUUCUUCGGAAAUGUUGUCUUCCAAAGCUGGAAUAGUUACUGGAUUAUUUCUGAAGACUUUAGACUUGACGUAGCCCCACAAAAAAUAGUCUAAAGGCGUCAAAUCGCAUGAUCUUGGUGGCCAACUUACCGGUCCAUUUCUUGAGAUGAAUUGUUCUCCGAAGUUUUCCCUCAAAAUGGCCAUAGAAUCGCGAGCUGUGUGGCAUGUAGCGCCAUCUUGUUGAAACCACAUGUCAACCAAGUUCAGUUCUUCCAUUUUUGGCAACAAAAAGUUUGUUAGCAUCGAACGAUAGCGAUCGCCAUUCACUGUAACGUUGCGUCCAACAGCAUCUUUGAAAAAAUACGGUCCAAUGAUUCCACCAGCGUACAAACCACACCAAACAGUGCAUUUUUCGGGAUGCAUGGGCAGUUCUUGAACGGCUUCUGGUUGCUCUUCACUCCAAAUGCAGCAAUUUUGCUUAUUUACGUAGCCAUUCAACCAGAAAUGAGCCUCAUCGCUGAACAAAAUUUGUCGAUAAAAAAGCGGAUUUUCCGAAUGGACCACCUAAGACGCAGCCGCGGUCAACAUUUAAAUGAAAUUAUCUUCAAAAAGUAAAUGUCAUGUACCAAUCUAACGUUUAAAAUAAAGAACCGAUGAGAUUUUGCAAAUUUUAUGCGUUUUAUUGUUUAAAAAAGUUCUCAAGCUCUUAAAAAAUCACCCUGUAGAACCCCUCGAUGAACUCGAUUCACCGUCAGUCGCAGUUCAAUGAUUAGUUGAACCGAAACAAUAAUCGUCCAGUCGCUCUAUGCGCCGUAACUAUGAUAAUGUUUGAUUUCCUAUUAGUGUUCAAAUAUGCAUGAUACAGAACAAUCUCGCAGCACUUUCCGCGAUUCUCUGUAUUCGAAUGGAGAAGUAAUUUAUUAUACUCAACUAGCCUAAUAUUGAAUUAGUGUAAGACGGUUUAAUUCACUUUAGAAGCAAUCAUAUCAAAAAAUCUUUUACGCAAAACUUGCAAACUUUUGUUUACUAUCUUUCGGUAUUGAAGCGUAACCAUGGUAUUUCUGCGACGCUUUUCUAUGUUUAUCGACGCUUUCAACAAUGGGCUAAUAAAAGGAUACUUUUACAGAGUUCACGGGUUCAUGAUUACUGAACAAGUUUUUUGCUUUGAUUUAUAUGGGACUUUGUAAUCUUGAGUUUAUCUUUGGUAAUGAUACAAUCCCAGCAAAGUUACCUGUAUGUAUGAUAGAAAAAAGACGUUUUAACCAAUUAUUCAGUUAAUUUAUCUUAAGACGUCUAUUGCAAUAAAUAUUUUUUACUGUUAGUCUCUUCUUUCAGCGCUUGAAUAACGAAAUUUUGCCUGAAUAACUGCUUAUAGCUUUAUUACUAAGCUCACAGAUGAUAUAGAAAGGCAACAAAAGAUUAAAAUUCCCAAAAGAGAAUUCACCACCAAAUGUUCACAGGGCAUUCAAAAAUUGUUCCUACACUUGCAUAAUGUCUUGCUGGAAGAGCUUUUUUGAUUCUGUUUUCAUGAAUGUUACUAACAAGGUUGACGCUACAGAUGCACUUUCAAGAAAAUACAAAUAGUACCACUUCACUUUGGCAGCAAAAUUUUAAGCGUUAGGCGUUUUUAAUUACAUUGACAUGAACUCUCCGAAAAUGCAUUAGUCGCAGAUGAAAUUGAAACAUUUAUGCUGUAGGAAUAUCAAUUUAAUACAUGAAAAACUUGUCUUACAGUUAACUCUUAUAUUCUUCUGCAUACUUUCACUUACAUGAAACGGCCACUACGUAGCUGACAUAAAUGACGUUAAUUUGGCAUUUUUCAAUAUGAAACGAAUUUUUGUUUUGCGUUUUGCUGUCUUCGUUCUCCGCCAAGUGACAGCAUUUCGAGGGCCAAAAUAUCCAAAGCUGCAUGGGACCCACGCAUUACUUAGCAUGUGUAAGAUGAUUUGAUAGUAGAGUAAAAUAGAGAUUAUUUUCUGUCAAUUUGUAAUGUGCAGUUUACUGCCAGCCUUAUGUCGCUUAUAAUAGAGAAGAGCAAGGUCUGAAAUCCUGUUGGUUCGGAGAUUUUGCUUUACAUUCUACUCUGCCUAUCCAGGAUAUCCCGGCAGUCAGUAUGUUGAGCUUUGAUCAGAAUUACAAGUUGAUCCAAUCAAUUCUCAAACCUUACCUGGAUAAUUAAUAUAAAAGAGUGGCAAAUCUCGAUAAACAUUAAGAAAGGUCGCAAGUGCCAAUGGCAGUUUCUCUUUAUUCUAUUUUUCUUUCAAUUAUAAUGGCAUAUUUCAAUUAUAAUGGCAAUUUCCAAUAAAUUUUACUAUGCAAAUAGAUAGUUGAUGGUUUUAGUCAUUAUUAUAUGAAAAGAUUGAAGGAUUGCCGGUAGGACCGUAGCAAUCGAAAGAAAAAGUAAGCAAAGAGAAACUGUCAAGAUGUUGACAGCAGGUUUAUCAACUGUCAUAACUAGUGCCAGCAAAAUGGAAACUUGUUUGCGAGCUUGCAUUCAAUAGUUAUGUCUAUUCUCUGUACCAGUGGUGAAACUAAUUUUUGAUGUUUUGAUAUCGAUUCUUCAUUCGACAUAAUCCAACAUUCUUGACAUGGAAUUUAUUGAAUUUAAUUUUUGUAAAAAAUCUCAUUGUCAGUAUUGGUAAUACCAGCUUAUUCAGAAUAUACAAGCAACAUGCAACGAUAUUGUUUAUUUUUUUGUUGUUUUUACAUGGAAUCAAUAUUCUGAUAAUAUCCAACGUUUGUAAUCAAUUUUUUUUAACAUCUGAAAAUAUGAACUGCUGAAAGUAAGAAUCGGAUAAACAAGGCAAUACAUAACUCAUUCGAUUGAUCUACACGGUAAAAUACGGUUAAACAUCAAAGCUUGGGUUAUUGUAUUACUGCGCAAUGUCUUGAGAAAAAUAUUACUGCGCAAAAUAUGGAUAACAAACACUUAAAGUGCAAAUACCGGUAAAAAUAUGUAAUUUUCUAAACUCAUUUUUAAUCUGAGCUGCAGGCCGUAACGUUUUUGUAUAGUAAGAAUAGUGUUGGAUACCGGUAUUCAAUUGAAUUUGUCAUUGCAAGUGCUUGUUGAAAAAGUCUUGCAGUAAAAAAAUUUAUCUAACUAGCAUUGAUUGCAAAGCUUCGUUGAACCGAUUCUUGCAUUCAGCCGCUCAUGUAACAAUCCAAGCAAUAAUAACAUUUUGAAGCUGACAAUGUUGUUCACCGAUAAAUCCAGACUGCUAAGAAAAAUAUCAUUCAUUCCAUUCAAAAGUACUUCCUGUGCUGGUUUGGUCAUAUCCAAGGCUGACAAAAAAAAUGUCAUUAGCACCAGAAGGGUGCAAAGCUAAUGAGGAAAAACAAUUCUGGUUCAAUAAUUCCGAAUUAAAAAAACACAUUGUAUCAUUAUUCCCAGUUUCACUCCAAGCUGUCAUAAUUUUGAUAAAUUUCUUUCAAUACUACAUAAUAAACGGUAUAGUUAUUCCCGAGUGUUUGCACGUUUACGUACAAUAUACUUCCAUGUUGGCCCUUUUUCCUAAUUUGCUUUCGUCUCAUAUAGUUUUUGUCGAUUGCAUAUCGUGUCGCAUAAGAGUGCUGAAAAAAUCAUUACAUAAUUAUAUUCAUUGUUAAAACUAUCACUACCGUUUGAUAAGAUUCAUUAAUUGUUCAAACUAUGACUACUAUUUGAUUAGAUUUUCUACACAAUGAAACGGAGACUUAUUAUCAAAUGAAUAAUUAAAUAAGUUGAUUGCUUUCCAAGCAAAGUAACUACCGAAAAAUACGGGUCUGUUUAUCUGAAUAUCAAUUCCGCUUGAACGCUUGCCUUCUUUCAUCUUUCGAUGAUGACAAAAACAUAGAAUUUAUAUACCAACAGUUUUGAAGCUAUCCCCCGUUAAUAUACUUUACUAAAAUUGUUAAAAACAAACAAACAUAAAAAACGAUCCUGCCACUCAACUUCACGCAGGCUUGCCUUGUUAUGUAAAGAAUAUGCAAUCCGCUUUAGCGCAAAUUUAAUCAAACUCUUUACCAAAGAUACAUCUUUCCACCUAGAAGCUAUCAGCCGAAUGUGUUUUAAAGUAAUAUUUAUGAUUUCCCUUUGCCUAAUGGUGGACCAAACGAUGUACUAAACUACACCAGGACGCAACAGAAAGUAAAGUAAAAAAAAACAAAUGUUCGUAUAAAUGAAAACCACACAACUUCUGUGAUAACCAAUUUAAAUACCUUUUUCAUAAAAAGGAAGUUGAUUCUACUUACAAUUCUAUGGGACAUUCAAAGUUCAAUGAAAAAUUUAACACUUAGAUGUGAAACAUUAAAAUAAGACAAAUUUAAAAGUUCAAUUGAUUCUAAAGUUUAUGUGUGUUGUUUAUUUUCUUUGAGAACAAUUGAAAGAGAUACGUAGUUGUUAUUUACUGUUUGAUUCAGCGAUUUAAUAAAUAUUCGUCUAUGCAUUGAUCAUUGAAUUACCAACAGUCAAAUACCAUCUCCAUUCUGAAAAGAAGAAUUUUUGCACCCUUAAAUCAUUAUUCAUAACCUCAAAACUAGCAGCAAUCGAUAAGCCCGCACGAACCAAAUAUUAUUGAGUGUUCCGCGUUUUGCCCACUUGUUGUGUACCCAAUGUUACAAUAGAAGAAGACACAUACGUUCCCUUUGUGGAACAGAGAAUCGCAACGAAUGGUGAACAGUAUAAUAAUUUGACACAACCAUUGCAGACAUAAAUAUACCAAUAUGUGCACUUUUCAUUCCAACAGGUAGAUGUUAGCAAUCACUUACAAAAGCAAGAAAAAUAAACCACAAAUGAGAAUAGCAUUGAAAUAAAACACAAAAGUGGCAUGAACACAAACAAAAAUAUUCGAAAACAUUAGGGCGCUGUUAAUUUUAUCGAUUAGAUUGUUCGAAACGACAACUACAAAUAAGAAAACCAAUCGUUAACAAUGGAUGAAAUCGGUGGAAGAGUAAAUAAAACAAAUAUAAUAAACUCA